UUUUUGGGAAACCAUAAAACAAUGACAUUGAUUACUUUAAUGAAUUCUCAACUAUCACUAACCUUAGUCAACAAAUUUUCUACCCUUCUCUUUUUUUCUCAAAAGAAAUGCUAAAGUAAAGCUAAAAAGAGAACAACAACACUAACGAAGUAAAUAAAACAAAAGUAUUUGAUAUAACACCCAACUCUCUUAAAUCAUCCUAUCUCUUCUAUCUUUUCCUCCUCCUCCUCCUCCUCCUUUACCUCUACCUUGUUCUCUACGCGGAGAAUUCGGUUGGUAAAACCCGUGUUUCUUAUGAAAUCUUAUGUUGUGUGACGUUGUCACAAGUCUAGUUUGUGUAUACUCAAUUUUUUUUGAGGUAAACUAAUGCAAUUUUUAGGAAAACCAAAACCUUUGUUACCUUUCAUGAACACAAAAGAUUGUUCUCUAAGGUUAUGCAGCACAUUUUGCCCUAAAUGGUGCGACGGUAUAAUUGCACCAUUUGUUCCACCACCUCCCUUUGCCUUCCCUGAAGACAAGUCUCAAACUAGCACAACUUUCUCACCUCUAGUGAUCGCGAUCAUUGGAAUCCUUGCAAGUGCAUUUCUCCUAGUAAGUUACUAUGCUUUAAUCUCUAAGUAUUGUGGAAAAAACACAAACUCGAGUAGGGAGAAUCGCGUUACAAAUAAUGAAGAAAUCGUCGAGGAAGAUUAUGAUAAUAAUGGUAGUAACAACCAUCAACAUGAGGCUUGGCUUAUUAGCACACCCGGGUUAGAUGAAGCAUUGAUAAAAACUAUCACGCUUGUUAAGUACAAAAAAGGCAAUGGUUUGAUAACAAGUAGUGAUUGUUCUGUUUGUCUUGGUGAGUUUCUUGAAGAUGACUCUUUAAGGCUUUUGCCUAAAUGUAGUCAUGCUUUUCAUGUUGCUUGUAUUGAUACUUGGCUUAGGUCUCACUCUAAUUGCCCUCUUUGUCGCGCUAAUAUUAUCUCCCCAACACCUAAUAAUCAUCCUUCAUCUGUAGUCGAUAACAAUAACAAUAACAAUAAUGUCCGAGAUCAUAAUGUUUUGUUAGAAAACCAAGUUCAAAGGGAGGAUGUAAACAACUCAAGUGAUGAAAGAAGACAAAUGGGUGAUCUUGUUGUAGGGCAAACAAGUGGGAAUUUACCAAAGACUACUCCUUUUCGAGCUUUAAGUGAUCUUGGUGCUAGGAAUCAUGGAGGGGUGAAUGCAAUGAGAAGAUCUAUUUCCAUGGAUCAUCGAUAUGAAACAAGAGUUUCGAUUCCUGAUGUUAUUAGAUGCAAUCAUGGAGAAGAGGAUUGUGUAACGAAAAUUGGUGAAAUUCGAGAUCAAUCUUUGAAGAGGAUAGCUGGUGAAAGCAGCAAGCUUGGUGCUUGUAAUACUAGUAGUAGUAGUAGAAGUGGAGUAUUGCAUUGUGUUACAAGUAGUGUUGCUAUGAAACGAUCAUUUUCGAGUGGUAGAUUUUUGUUUGGUAAGCAUGGCAGAGGAAGAAAUGAAGUGAUUAUUCCUCUAUGAUAGAUUAUCACACCCCAAAAAAAAAAAAA